AAAACCCCUCAUCACCCACUCUAUGCUUUCUCGAACGGUCACCAUGGCCACCUCCAAAGCCGACUACUACCACCCCAUACACGUACCCAUUCCCCCGCACCAGAACUACGUCGUUCUAACCCCAUACUACCACUCCUCCAACCGUAACCGCUUUCGUAUAAUCUGCACCGGUUUGAUCAUCCUCCUAGCCGCCGUUGUUUACAUCUUCUGGCCCACCGACCCUGACGUCAAGAUCGUUAGGCUCCGCCUGAACAGGAUCCACGUCCACACUUUUCCCCGCGUAUCCGUGGACAUAUCCAUGUUCGUGACGGUGAAGGUCCGAAACACCGACGUUUACUCUAUGGACUACACGAUGAUUGACGUGGCAGUCGGGUACAGGGGAAAGAAGCUGGGUCACGUGAGGUCUGACCGGGGACACGUGAGGGCCAGAGGGUCGUCCUACGUGGAUGCCCUGCUGGAAUUCGACGGAGUGGAGCUCAUGUCCGACGCCAUGUACCUGCUUAAGGACCUAGCCAAGGGUAGGGUGCCGUUCGAUACUCGAACGGAGAUUAAAGGCCAGCUCGGCCUGUUCUUCAUUCAAGUCCCACUGUCGGCAAAAGUAUCAUGUGAGGUGUUGGUAAAUACAAUCAAUAAUACAAUUGCUCGGCAGAAUUGUGUCACUGAGUGAUGAAUUUGACUGCCAUGCACAAGGUGCCGCACAGCAAGAAGGUUCAGAGGGUGUCUAAGCUCCCUAAAUUUGUUUACAUAUUGAAACAGGUUCGAGUAUAUGAACUUUGAAGCAUGGAUAGUCCAUGCUAAUAUUCUAUACACCACAUGCCUGGUUUCUGUAGUCAUAAGAUAUAAUUUUGUAAUGUUGGGUGGGCAUUGUGAAAUAUAUAUAUAUAUAUAUAUAUAUAUAUAUUUUAAUAUAUGGUGAUUGUAGGGGAAGUGGCUCGGGUGUAAAGAUAAUUAUUCUCUGAUAAUUUAUUACAGAGACAAUUAAAUAUUACCUUUACCUACCAGAACUUCUAAGUAGUUUUGUGCAAGUGCUUUUGGGAAUCAAGCCAGGGUUAUGACGGUUGCAUGGUGAAUAUAUUCUUUGUGGUGGUGGUGUUUACAGAGGGGAGGCUUUUGUUUUUUGAUUCUUUUUUUUUUUUUUUUUUUUUUUACCAUAGUGGCAAGUGAGUGGUGCAACUUGUGCUGGUUUACUUUGGUUUGGCCUGAAAUAGCGAACCUGAAGGUUAAAUUUGCAAGUUCAAGAGCUAAAAUCAGAAGGUUGAGUAUUGGGAACCAAACCAACCGGCAAAAGCCUCGUUUUAAUACCUCGUAGCCCACGCAUUCAACUUGGCCCACCAGUAAGCAAGUUUCCAGCUUCAUUUCCAUUGAAUCCAAAAAGAACCCAGAACAAAACAAAGAAACCGAAACGACUGGUUGGAACCUUGUGCCAGCGCGUCCACCUUUACCGCCUCAUAGCUCAUGCUCUUUGCGAUGAGGUUGCCGCCAGAGCGAGCCACUGCUGCAGAUAAGAUUCAUCCUUUAGGACCAGUCCUCCCGUGUGCUUAUAAUUCUACUGAGAAAUAAAAAGCCAACAAAAAAGCACUCUCUUUUUCUGAAAACAAAUCCAAAAACUUUUCUCUUACCUCACCUUUCCUUGGCUUCUUUGCCUACCUUGCUUUUCUUCACUACUAAGAAUGGAACAUAGUGAUCUCUCCUAAUUCUAAUCAAAUAUAUAUAUAUAUAUAUAUAUAUAUAUAUAUAUAUAAGCCAUCAACCGAAAAUAAGAAGAAGAAUAAACCCUGAUGUGUCACCCAGACUCUUUCUUGGUUGAAGUCGCCGAUGACCGGAGAAAUAGAAGAAGAAGCAGGCAAUUUGCAUGGGCAGAGAUGGCCACGGUGGAAGUGGCUAACCAGCAAGCAGAAACCGUGCUAGCUAGAGAGGUCAAUAGAGAUGGGGCGACAAAGAAGUACUGCAUGUGUUCCCCCACACGCCACCCGGGUUCUUUCAGGUGUAGAUAUCAUCGGUCUGAGUAUAUAUGGCUAGGACGAAGAGGACCCAUGUCCAGCUAGAUUUUACACGCUUUGUUGCACUUGCAUACAUAGGAAAAAGGAUUUACCUGCUAAAAGCCUAAAACAUCCAUGUACUUUGUGCUUCCCAAGUAAUAAAAUUCUGGCAUAU